AUGACGCAGCAAACGGGAAAUGAUUCCUUGACCGAGACAACGACUCCGCCAACCACACCUGUGACAGUGAAGAAGCCACCGUUCUGCGAAAACUGUCACACCGACGCAGAAAAGACUGGUCUCGAAGAGACCGCAAUGGCUGCAGUUCGCGAACAUGCAUUCGCAGUGAACCUCAUCGGUGUCAGCGAGAUGCUUCCUCGCACUUCGCAGUUGCUCUUCAUCAAUGUUACCACAGCUGAAAACCACACUCAUUGCAUUGAACUGACCAUCAAAGGCUGGCGAGUGGCUUCGAACCGAAACGAUUGCAUGAACGGCGAUUUCCGGCAGCUGAGUAUUCAUACCAAGUACUUUGAAACGCUGCAUGCGCUUCUCACUGAAAUCUCCCCGGAAUACCGUCAAAGGUUCGGCGGGGAAUUGAUCACCAAGUUGAGUGCUGUGGCCGUUGAGCAAGAAAAGAAGGGUCAAAACACCGAAUGA